GAUGGCUGAAAUCCUUGCCGAGGAGAUUGGGACCGUGGGGUUAUUUUCCACCUGCCUCCCCUGCCCGGUUCUGUAAUCCUGGCUCAAAGUAGACAAGUCGAGUUGGAGCUGAAGAAGGGAGGUUAGAGGGGUUUUUAUUUCAUUUGGGAGGGGAAAAAAAAAAAAAAAAAGGCAAAAAAUGGGAGGCUGGUUGGCCCUCCCCGGGCUGAGCAUCUCCAUGGUGCGAGGCAAUGCAGGAUGAUCCAGGGGAGCCCUCGCCGGGAGCAGGGAUGCUGAGGACCCGGCGCCCACGGGGGACAUGAGCCUCAACAUCCCCACCAGAAAUUUCACCCAACGGAGUCGAAUUCCCACGGGGGCGAUGCCACACCUCCCGAGGACACUGGGGACAUCGGGUUUUGCUGAGCUUAGCAGCUUUUCACCGUCUUACCGAAGGCAUCAGACAGACGCUCAUCUGCCCUGAAGUGCAGAUCUGCAACAGCUCCCAGGAAGACUCUGUCUCUCUGUCUCUCUGUCUCUCUUUCUCUCUCUCUCCAGUCCAAACCAUUACAAGACCUGACUUCCACCAUCUGGGAAUCUAACCCCUCUUAUGCCCCUUCUCCUUUUUCUACGAUGACUCACCAUUAUUUUUAACUUUGAAGAGAGAGGAAAUUAUGGGGAUCUUGGAAGCCUGUAUUUCUCUCUAGGAUUUCCCCAGGGUCAGAUAAUCGGUGUUACUAAGAGACACUAAGAUUUGGCUUCUCCAGGUAAUGUGAUUUGUUUUCUGUGUGCCAUGGUGGUUUGCAGAGAAUGACAGGAGCCGGGACACCAGCGCUCGAGGAGGGGGACUGCGGUGGUCCGCGGGGCAGCUGGAACCGCCGGCUCCACAUUCCGGCAGCCGCAGAGCUCGGCUGCAGGCAGGGAGGGCAGCAUGUCACCAGGGAAAGAGGAUUGGGAAGGUGUUAAACUUAAAAGCGGAGCUGGAGCUUUCCUGGAGGGUAGAUUGCCUGAGAUCGCACGGUUAAAUGUUAAUUAACCCUUAGCUGCAUGCCUGGAAAUGAGCUGAGCCCGGCACCCCGCGGGGUCCUCUCGCCACUUCAGGGCUGGAUGGGGUUAUUUUUCUUCCUUCCUUUCUCUUAGCUUCCCCCUUUUUAUUUUUUUUAACUGGAAUCUUUAUUUUUAGCCAAAAAAUAAGCCCUGGUUUAUCAAUGCCAGUUUUUCCACGCUGGUUUUGAACAGGUGACGGUUCCUCAGGUGUUUUCUCUGUUCCACCUAAUGGGUUUAGAUGGGAGUUGUUGAACGCUGUCCCAAGGAAGGCAAAUUAACCCCUCCAGGAAGGGGAUAGACGUGCUAGAGAAGGGAUCUGCUCUCCUCCCACCAACUUUAUUCCAUCUCUCUCUUUCUCAGCAGGGGCGAUUUUCUUUCUUCUUCUUCUUCUUCUUUUUUUUUUUUCCCCCUCUAUUUUUAUCUCAUCCCUUCGCCUUUUCAUGAGACUCUUCCAAACCUACGUACCUGUCCUUCUGCAGGAUAGUAGCCCUGCCCUGAACCCGAUCCCACCGCCGGGCGCUGGGAAGAGUUUAGCAUAAGGAUUUCUUUUAAAGCCCAAUAAUGACAGUUGCCACUGGAGAUCCUGCAGAUGAAGCUGCAGCUCUUCCCGGUCACCCACAGGACACGUACAACCCUGAGACCGACCAUGAGUGCUGUGAGAGGGUGGUCAUUAACAUCUCGGGGCUGCGCUUCGAGACGCAGCUCAAGACACUUGCCCAGUUCCCAGAGACCUUGCUAGGGGAUCCUAAAAAGAGGAUGAGAUAUUUCGACCCUCUCCGGAACGAGUACUUCUUUGACCGGAACAGGCCCAGCUUCGAUGCCAUUUUGUACUAUUACCAGUCCGGGGGGAGGUUGCGGCGGCCUGUUAACGUGCCCUUGGACAUCUUCUCCGAAGAGAUCCGCUUCUAUGAACUGGGGGAAGAGGCCAUGGAGAUGUUUCGGGAGGAUGAAGGCUACAUCAAGGAAGAGGAGAGGCCGCUGCCUGAGAAUGAGUUUCAGAGACAAGUGUGGCUGCUCUUUGAGUACCCCGAGAGCUCAGGCCCUGCCAGGAUUAUAGCUAUUGUCUCUGUCAUGGUGAUUUUAAUCUCCAUCGUCAGCUUUUGCCUGGAAACACUGCCCAUUUUUCGGGAUGAGAAUGAAGACAUGCAUGGCAGCGGGCUGAGCCAUCCCCCCUACUCCAACAGCAGCAUGGGGUACCAGCAGUCCACUUCUUUCACAGACCCCUUCUUCAUCGUGGAGACACUUUGCAUCAUCUGGUUCUCCUUCGAGUUCUUGGUGAGGUUUUUCGCCUGCCCCAGCAAGGCUGGUUUUUUUACCAACAUCAUGAACAUUAUAGACAUCGUAGCCAUCAUUCCCUACUUCAUCACCCUGGGGACGGAGCUGGCCGAGAAGCCAGAGGAUGGUCAGCAGGGCCAGCAAGCCAUGUCCUUGGCCAUCCUCAGAGUCAUCCGCUUGGUGCGGGUCUUCAGGAUCUUCAAGCUCUCCCGGCACUCCAAGGGGCUGCAGAUCCUGGGACAGACUCUCAAGGCCAGCAUGAGGGAGCUGGGCCUCUUGAUAUUUUUCCUCUUCAUCGGCGUCAUCCUCUUCUCCAGCGCCGUCUACUUUGCCGAGGCCGACGAGAGCGAGUCCCAGUUCCCGAGCAUCCCCGAUGCCUUCUGGUGGGCUGUGGUUUCCAUGACGACUGUUGGCUACGGAGACAUGGUCCCCACCACCAUCGGGGGGAAAAUAGUGGGUUCCUUGUGUGCCAUCGCUGGCGUAUUAACGAUUGCCUUACCAGUGCCCGUCAUAGUGUCUAACUUCAAUUACUUCUACCACCGGGAGACCGAGGGAGAGGAGCAGGCUCAAUAUUUGCAAGUAACCAGCUGCCCAAAGAUCCCCUCUUCCCCUGACCUAAAGAAAAGCAGAAGUGCCUCUACUAUUAGUAAGUCUGAUUAUAUGGAGAUCCAGGAAGGUGUAAACAAUAGCAAUGAGGAUUUUAGGGAGGAGAACUUGAAGACAGCCAAUUGCACCCUAGCUAACACAAACUAUGUGAAUAUCACCAAAAUGCUAACCGAUGUCUAGUCGCUAAAAUCUAGUCCCGUAUUUAAAGCUGAAGUGGAACAAUUGCAGAUAUUGAGUGCUGCUCUGCAUUGUAGUUAAUACAGUAUUUUCUACGGUGUAUAUUUGGUUCUGCAUGGGAAGCAAUAGCUGUGUAAGUGACUUUUAACCUUUGAUUUCUGCACCGAAUAAGCGUCCGUGCAAAAAAACCAACAAGUCCAAACCAUUUUGUUGCACUUCUCCCAUCCCAGGCUUCUCCCAUCCCGUGGGUUUCCAAAGACACGGAGGGGAUGGGCACUUCCAGCAGCGGGAUGGGCAUGGAAGGGGCAGGUCUGGGCUGACAGAACCCUGGCCCCUGUCCUGGGUGACAGCCAGCUGCCAGGCACAGGGAGCAGCUGGGAGAGGUCAGGCAGGAGUUCCUGGAGGGUGGCUGCAGGCGUGGGGCCGGGCUGCUGGAGGGCUCGGCUCUGCCCCGGGAGAGCCCAGCGCGAGCGCGGCGCCCGGCUCGUGUUUCAUAACUGAAAAUGCUGCAUGCUGCAACAGUUUCAGCCACUGCAGUGUGCCAGUGUGAGGCCCAGGGGAGGGAUAAUUAGUGUGACGGCACAUUAUUUAUUAAGUCUUAAAUUUUCUAUGCGAGGCAUCGGGAGGGACGAGUAAAUAAAUCAAGAGCUUGGAAUUUAUUUAUUUAUUUGGAUGACACUUCCAUCAUCAAUAUUUCCAGGAUCACCAAAGACACCUCCACUGACACAUUGAAAAUGAAUUGGAAAAAGCAUCUUUUUUUAUAUCUAUAUAUAAAACUGGAGCAACUAUGCUGUGGCCUAUAAUAUAUUUAUACUGCAGUGAAAUUUAACCAGUAAUACAGUACAGCUGCAUGGAUAUUUGUUGCAUGAAUCUGAAUAUUUAAUACACACACAAAUAUAUAUUUUCUUAGUAGACUAUACAGUAUUCAUGUUUAUAGUGUUUAUAGAUUCUCCGGUGGCUCGAAGGAGAUUCAUGGGAAUUAAAAAAUCCCCAUUCUAGUUAAAAUCCGGGUGGGGAAGGCGUGUGCUGACAACAGUUGGAUAGAUAACAGUGCAAAGCCUGAGAGAUAACAAGGCAGAGCCCGAGUGUCCGAGCAUCCAGACACAAGAGCUGACAAACGCAAGCCAGGGAAGGUGAGCUGAAAGUUAAACACCUGCGCUCAUUAUGGGGCGAGUAAUUAGUCAUUAAUCGUGGUGUCAGGAGCAGAAGUCACGGCGGAUGGGAGAGGGCACGAGGAGCAGGUGGAAUUGCAGGUUCCAGCUCUCCUGACUUGUUUGUUCAGCGGUUUUCAGCCGUUCCCGUCGAAUUCCUGUGUGUGUGUGUGUAUAGAUAUUUAGAGAGCGACUACAGGGCCGAAUCCUCAGCAAACAGAGCUCCUGGGGUAUCAGGGAUGUCCCAGCUCAGGGCUGCUGGGAUGGUGGAACAUGGGCUGGAGCAGGGUGGCCUGACCCUGGAGCCCGUAGGGUCACCAGGGCAAGGUGCAUUUUGGGCUUGAAAGCUCCUUUUCAACCCCUCAGGGUUGGGGUUUAUUCUUUUAUGAUGGAGUGAGCAGGUGCUGAGGUGGCCUGGAUCUGAGCUGGCACCUCUGAGCCUUUGCUUUGACUUCUUUCAGGUGUUUCAGAGCAGUGGGUCAAGGUGUAGAGAGCCUGAGGUUCUCUCCUCUUCAACCCUGGUGUAAUUUGGGGAUGGGUGAGAGCUGUUGGUCCAUGGGGAAUCUCACCUGCUUUCCCCAUACCUGUGUGGGUUUUCCCCAUUGCUGCCAAUCCUCAGGGAGAGGUGCCCCUGUUCCUCUUCCAGGUCAUGGGAGAUGGAGGAAAAUCUCUGCCAAGGUCACGGUUGAGCAAAGCUUCCCUGGGCUGUGGAACAGGGUUCAGUCAGGGUGAAUUUGGGCUGAACUGGGGCGUGAUCAGCCCUGAAACACUGCAUGAAGGGUGAGCACAAGGAGCCUGGGGAGGGCUCAGCCAGACCCUUCCUUCCUCAGAGAGGAAAGCCCUGCUCCUGCCGAUAAUCCAACUGGUGCUAAAGUAUCUACAGCAAUGGCUCCAAAUGCCACUCCAGAGCAGGAUCCAUCUUGUGCUGAUGGGGCUCCACUUGGCCAGGUGGAAGCACUCCUCAGUUUUAUUUGAUUGAUUGACUGAGGCCAAGCUAUAAUUAAUUCCAAGUGUCCAUGGUUUGUGCAUGGCAGUCCCUGCUCCUGCAUGGGGCAGAGGACCAGCAGCAUCCCUGUGCUGGGGUUCAGGGAUGCUCAGGUCCCCAGCCUGUCUUUAACUGGAUCUCGUUAUACUGGGAGUCCUGCACUCCCACUUUGCUGUGGCAGCCUGGGAAUGGGAGACCCUGAAGCCCCUUCCUGCAUGCACACAAAAAAGCCAACACAACGAAAAGCAAUAAAUCUUGAGUUCUGAAGCUCAUCCUGUUGGGUGGGACAGGGCUGGUGAGAGCCACCAGCUCGGGCACCAUUCCCAGGCAGGUCGGCCAAGGUCCAUGGGUCCAGCUCCUGGUGGCUCUGUGGGGACAUGGGCUCACACAGGGGGCUGCCUGACAUGCUGGGAUCCUCUGGGUGCCCUUAGCACCAGGUGAUCCCCUUCCUGGUCAGGGCUGAGGUGUUUUGCUGGUGGUUUUGCUGCAGGUUCUUUGGAGAUUGCUGGAACUUGGUCAGGCUUUGAGAAGUGUCCGGUUGUUGAACACCCACCAUGGGCUUGGGGUGGUUUGGAGCAGCAUUGGUCAAAGCUCUGGGUGUGUGUUGUGGUGGUCUGGUGAGGAGGAAGGUGAGGUUUUCCUUUGGGCAGGUGGGGUUUUGGUGCUCCUGUGGGCUUCCCAGGGCCAGGCAGGAGAGGAGAGAGGAUCCAUGAGCAGCAUCCAAACAUCCAAACCCAGUCUCCAAGCUGGGGGGUCCUGGGUGCCUUGGGAGGCUCCACAGCCACACAGCAGGGGCAAAUGGGGAUGAAGAGCAAGAGGCCACACUCCUGUUGUCACUGACAUGAGGUGAUGACUGUCCCCACGGCAGGGCCAGCACAGCCAGUCCCUCCCUUGGGACAGAUCUGGCACCUCCUGCCCUGACCCUGGCAGAUGUUCCUGGGGAAAACGAGCCCUGGUGGGAGAGCUCUGGGCUGCCCUUGUGUGGGGCACAAGGAACACACCCAGGCUCAGUGCUCAGGUGUUUGGCUCAGGGUGGGUGAAGGCCAUGGCUGGGAGGGAUGCACAGAGCAGAGGGGUCCAGACUUCUGCCUCUCACAGAGAAACGGUUCCCCUACAGCUUUUAAUGGGAUUUGUGCCUGCAGGUCGGAGCUCUAGUGCUAUUUCUAGCUUUGCUUCUGACUCACUGAUGUGAUCUUGAACCAGUUUUUCAGGAGGAGACUGUGAUUUUUUUUUCUUUUUUUAAAAUUUUUUCUUAAGGAAUGUGGUUUGAGAGAGUCUGGGCCUGUUUCUGUGGAGAUGCUGAGCAUCCCCAUCUCCUCCUGACUCUGAAAGGUGCAAAAAUGAGCUGCAAAGUGCCUCAGACUGAGGAUGCUAAAUUAGGGAUGGGGAAAGGGGAUGGUCCCAUAGCUGGGUUAGAGUCCAUUAGGCCCCCAAACAGAGGUAGUCUGGUUCCUUUCCUCCUCCUGAGGAGCCAUUUCCCUCUCUCCAGGCUGGAAUGGAAGACUGGAGCUCUCUGGUCUGUGGAGGUGCUCCUGCCUUGGCACCCGGAGGAGGCAGUGCCUCUAUUUCAGUUUUAGCCACUGUGCCACGGUUUUGGAGAGAUGCAAAGCUGUGACUGCAGAGCGGGCUGUCUUCUAACACCCAACCUCGUGCCCACGCCUGCAGGCAGCCCAUCAGCCCUUUCAAAUCUUCCAGAACGUCUGCUGGGGGCAAUGGGGUGAGGCUCAUGUACCAGCUGGAUGCUACCAAGUGAUUAGGAAAAAAAUGAUCUCUCUGGAGCAUGAUGUUUUAUUGGGAAAAUUAAUCUCUGCAGUGACUGUGUCAAAGUCCUACAGAUCUGAAUGCUGAGCUAUAAGAAGAAAAGGAUCUCUGGAUUGGCGUUAUGAGAGUGUGGCACGUGGGUGUAUAAAUAUGGGCAUAUUUGUGCAUAAAUACACAGAAGGAGAGAAAAAGACAGAGGAGGAGGAGGUAUUUCAGGAAGGACCUUGCUUUGUUAUUAGAUAAUUCCUGGGUCAGCCCUUGAAACUGCUGCCAAAGCCUUGUAGCUUUUCCAGAGCUUGCAGUAUCCUUGGGGAUGGAUCCAAGGGAAGUAGAUCUGGAUCUUGCCGUGGGAGUGGAAGCAUCCUGAGGGUCUGGUGGCAGUCAGCUCCUCACACCCCCUGCAAACAGCAGCUUUGCAGGGUCUUUGUUCCCAGCCCCAGGUCCUGGCUUGUGCCAGUCCCAACCAUUUCUGUGACUGUGCUGUGAAAGCCAAGCAGGGUUGAAGGGGUUUGGGUGAGAUGCAGGUGCUGUGCUGCACUGAGUGGCCUCUGGGGUUAUUGUUUGUAAUGGCUGGGUUUUAAGCCUCCCAGACUAUGGUGACUUUUGGUCCCAGUGUGGUGGCUCCUACUCUGGAGCCAGGGUGGUGUUAUCACAGAAUCCUGGAAUGGUUUGGGUUGGAGGGACCUUAAAGCUCGUUUUGUUCCACCCCCUGCCAUGGACAGGGACACCUUCCACUAGCCGAGGCUGCUCCAAGCCCCAUCCAGCCUGGCCUUGAAAGCUUUUCUCAAGAUCUUUCCCAUGAGACCUUACCCCGAGGUCUGCAUCCCUGGGGGUGGAUAUCCAUGGGAGUUAUCCGUGGUGGUCCCUCAUGGGAACUGCUCAGUCUGCUGCAGGGGUGAAGUGGGCCGAGGAAAGAAGGAGUCAGCCCCAAACCAUUUUGGUUUGCACCCAGAUGAAGGCUGUGGCUCUUUCCUCAGCCCCCUGGCAGCAUUUGACCUUCUCCACGUGGCAUCCCUUGGUCCCUCCUGCUGGGGACCAGCUGCUGCCCCUGCCAGGAGCCCCGAGGGGGGACAAAGGUUACCCCCAAGCACUGGCCACUGCUCUGCCCUUCCCCAGCCCUGUCAGCACCCCUGGCCUCGGUGUCCCCGGGAUGUUUCUGCAUUUGGCUGACCAAAAUUCACCCCCCUGCUCAGAGAUGGGUGCUCCAUCCUGCUCCCAUCAGGGGGAGAGGGCCCAGCCCGGGGGUGAAGCAGCCCUGGGAGCACAGCACUGAUUUACACCUGGGGACAGGAUCCCCCAGCCCAGUUAUGCAUGAUGAGAGAUAAAUCCCUAAUUCAUGUUUUUCCUCCAGAGAGGGGGUGGUUUGGCUUGUAGGAGCUGCUGGACUUUGUGUAACCAGACCAGGUCCACAUGGACACACCACGUCCUCUCCCCAGCCCUGCCUGGCUGUCCUGAGCUUGGGGUUGGUAUUCUGGGGUUUGGGUUUUUUAUUAUUAUUAUUUUUUAUUUUUUUCUGCUGCCUAUAAGAUGUAAUUAUCCAUUUGCACUUGCUCCCUCAUUGUUUGAGACUGUGCUCUUGUCCUCCAAUGUCAUCCCCAAAGCACACGGGGAAAAAAUGGGUAUUGGAUCAACCCUGCAUGUGGUGCCUAAUUUGAGCAAAUCAAUAGGAAGAGGAAAUCCAAGAAGGACUCAUCCUAAGGAUGCUGGAGCUGAACCUUUUGUUUCCAUGGUUACGGGAGAAAUGGGACCAGGAAUGGAGAGAGGCCUAUAAACUGUUAAAGGAGGACUCGUGGGAAUUUCAAGUCAUUUAACCAUGCAUUUGCUAGACACAACUUUAGACACCAGCUGGAUCUGAAUUGCACAGUGUUUAUAGAAAUUCCUGCUUUAUUGACGGCUGGGGGGCACGGGAAGGGGCUGGGGCCCCCGAGUCAAUAAGGCUGCCUGUUGUAUAUAGGUAUACAGAGCUGUGUACAUACAUAUCCAAAUGAGCAUUUGCUGUCUGGUUUAUCAUCAGUGUAUAUAAUUUAUUCUUCACAGAGUAUCACAAUUUUUGUAAAUAUCGGCACUAAUUAAGAGAAAAUAAAUA